AUGGGAGAAGGAAACCAAACUUCUGUGGCUGAAUUUAUCUUGCUGGGACUUUCACAGAAUCCAAAGGUCCAGAUCCUGCUGUUCUGUGUUUUCCUUACCAUUUACCUUCUCUCUAUGUUUGGAAACCUGCUUAUAAUAAUCCUCAUUCAAAGUGACUCUCGACUUCACACCCCCAUGUACUUUUUCCUCAAAAACUUGUCCUUUGCUGACCUCUGUUUCUCUACAAGCAUUGUUCCUCAGAUGUUGGUCCACUUCCUCGUAAAAAGGAAAACCAUUUCCUUUGCUGGAUGCUCACUGCAGAUAAUUGUCUUCCUUUUAGCAGGGUGUACAGAGUGUGCACUUCUGGCAGUGAUGUCCUAUGACCGCUAUGUGGCUGUCUGCAAGCCCCUGCAUUAUUCCACUGUCAUGACCCAGAGGGUUUGUGUCCAGUUGGCCAUAGUGUCUUGGAUCAGUGGGGCAUUUGUAUGUUCAGUGGACAGUGCAUUUACACUGUGUCUCCCCUACCAGGGACAGAAUAUAAUUAAUCAUUAUUUUUGUGAACCUCCUGCACUCCUGAAGCUGGCUUCAGCAGACACCUACAAUGCUGAGAUGGCUCUCUUUUCAAUGGGUGUGAUUAUCCUCUUAGCACCUCUCUCCCUCAUCCUUGUCUCCUACUGGCAUAUUAUCUCAACAGUGAUUCAGAUGCAGUCAGAGGAGGGGAGGCUCAAGGUCUUUUCUACCUGUGGCUCUCAUCUCACUGUUGUGGUUCUCUACUAUGGCUCUGGAAUAUUUGCCUACAUGAGACCCAAUUCCAAGACAAUGAAUGAAAAGGAUCAGGUCAUCUCUGUGUUCUAUUCAGUUAUGACUUCCAUGCUGAACCCCAUAAUUUAUAGCCUGAGGAACAAGGACGUGAAGGGUGCUCUCAGGAGGCUGGUUGGAAGAUAGUCAACCUUCAGAGGCAGUGAUUUCUGACAUUUUUCGUAAGCACUUGGAAGCUUAUGACUGACAACAAUAGCUCUACUACUAUCCUUGUCCUUUCUUUCCCUCGCUUUAUAUGCUC